CUAUUCAUUUCUCUUGUAUUUGUUUUGUUGAUUUACUCACUCACUGACUUGAUUAGUCAGUUCAUUCAUGAAUUGGGCAUCGACUAUAUACUACUAGUAGAUCCAGCAGAUGUAAAGCCUUGCCCCCCUUUUUCACUGGGGCGGGCUGCCGUCAGAUGCAGGACUUCCGCAGCCACAGAGCUGCUUUAUUUGAUGGUAUUGAGGAGGGUGCGAUCAGAAGUUCAGCUUACUCUUCUCAAAUUCAUGAGCAUGAGAAUGACCAAGCUAUGGACAGUCUGCAUGACAGGGUCAGCGUUCUCAAAAGAUUGACAGGAGAUAUACAUGAAGAAGUGGAGAAUCAUAACCGAAUGCUGGACAGAAUGGGUAAUGAUAUGGAUGCUUCCAGAGGAUUUCUAUCUGGAACGGUGGACAAGUUUAAGAUGGUUUUUGAGACCAAAGCAAGUCGCAGAAUGGCUACCAUGGUGGCUUCUUUCAUUUCUGUCUUCUUCCUUAUAUACUACCUAACCAAGUAGAAGAAUUGUCUGACUCUGCCUUUCAUUUUCCUCUUGCUUGCACGUAAAGUACAUGGCUGACGGUGUUUAUCAAGUUUUGUGCACUUGAUGACCGAACAUUUGAGAAUUUUAUCUCAAACUGUGUGGAUUGAUUGUAAGGCGAGCUGAACGUUUUCUGAAUGUGGUGAGAACUGUUGUAAAACUUUGUGACGGCAAAAGAUGAGUUACGAGUUGAUGAUAUAUGCCCUCGUUGGUGGUGCUA